AUGAGUAGAAAACAUGAUGCAUCAAUCAAGAAUUUGGAGACACAGAUUGGUCAAUUAUCCAGACAAAUAGUUGCUUUGCCAAGCUCAAGUGGAGGAUUCACCGGUAACACUGUUGAUAAUCCUAAAAAUGAAACAUGCAAGGUUGUGGAGACAUAUUUUGGGGUAGUUACUGAAAAGGGUGAAGUUGAAAGAGCUCAAGAUGAUGAAAUUGAGAAAAAGGAAUGUGGAAGUGAAAAAGAGGAUGGUGAAAAUCAAGGUGACAAAGAGGAACGAGGAGUCAUCAUUGAUCAACUUAUAGAUAAAAAUUCUCCUUGGAAGAGAACAAAGAAGAAAAUCCUGAAUUUACCAGAUUACAUCAAACCACCAUAUCCCAUAAUUCAGAAGAAACUGGUACAUGAGGAUGGGACUAUAAUGUUUGAAAAAUUUAAAGAAGUGUUGACACAACUUCGGGCAUUGCUGAAAGGUGGAAAGCAGAAGUUGAAUCAAGAUCAAGUCAACAUGACAGAGAAAGAGGAGAUUGCAAAACCGUCAGAAGUACCACUAAAGAUGAAGGAUCCAGGGGAGUUCAGCAUUACUUGCACCAUUGGUGGAUUGAAAAUCCCACAUGCUUUAUGUGACUUAGGAUUGAGCAUCAAUGUCAUGUCACUGAGCAAAUUUAAAGAAUUGAAGAUAAGAGAGAUCAUACAGAGCAACAUGAGACUCACUUUAGCUGAUUCAUCUGUGACACAUCCGCUUGGUAUUGUAUAA